AUGGCCGAUGUCAAGAAACAAGAGAAGGACUUCACGUCCGAGGUCGACUCUCUCCUGAAGGAGGUCGAUGGUCUUACCAAAGCUGGCGAGCUAUCCGAAGCUUUGGAGAAACUGCUCACGCUCGAGAAGCAGACACGAAAUGCUUCAGAUCUUGCGUCGACAACGCGUCUGGCCAAAGCCGCUCUCCAACACUGCUAUGACGCGCGAGACUACGUCCAGCUUAACGCGACGCUCAAUCUUCUCAGCAAGAAGCACGGGCAGCUGAAAGUUGUCAUACAAGAAUUGGUAGAGCAAGCAAUAGGCUGGCUGCCAGAGAUCAAACAGCGAGAUGGCAUUGAGAAGUGGCUAGAGCUAGUUGAAACGCUUCGCACUAUCACUGAGGGCAAGAUCUUCCUUGAGACCCCUCGCGCACGCGUUACGCUUGAGCUCUCGCACUAUCACGAGGGCUUGACUAAAGAUCCCAAAUCUACUUCGCCAACCUCAAAAGAGUCCCUACAAAUUGCCUCAGAUCUGUUGAGCGAACUUCAAGUUGAGACGUACUCGUCGAUGGAAAGAAGGGAGAAGACCGAAUUUAUCCUUGAGCAAAUGCGGUUACUCAUCGCUUUAGCACGCGGUGAAUGGGUGAAGGCUCGUGUCAAUAGCCGAAAGGUUAAUGAACAUUUCUUGAAGGAGAAAGAAAACGAAGACCUCAAACUCAAGUUCUACGAAUUAAUGAUCCAACAAUCACUUCAUCAAGAUGCUUACCUCGAGUGUGCUAAACAUUAUGAGAAAGUUUAUGAAACACCUUCAAUCAAGGAGGACGAAACGGGCAAAGGACAGACAGCUCUUGAACACAUCGUCUACUACCUGGUAUUAGCACCCCACACGAACGAACAAUCUGACAUGCUUCACCAUUGGUAUCGAAACCCUGCUCUGGCCAAGAGGGAGGGGCACUACAACCUUGUCAAGAGCUUUGUCACUCGCGAGCUCAUGAGGUGGCCGGGCAUACAGGGACUCUAUGGCCCUUUCCUGAAGGCGACACCUGUUUUCUCUAUCGAAAAACAUUGGGAAGAUCUCCAUACGCGCGUGAUUGAACAUAACAUCCGGGUUGUGUCCGAGUACUAUACAAGAAUAACAUUGACUCGCCUUACAGACCUGCUGGACUUGAGUGCGAAGCAGACGGAAGAGACACUUGCAAGGCUCGUCGUUUCUGGGUCGAUAUGGGCAAGAAUAGAUCGCCCCGCUGGGAUUAUCAACUUCCGGAAGCGACAGGACGCGGAGGAUGUCAUGAAUGAGUGGAGUUCGGACAUGCAGCGACUUCUAGGCUUGGUUGAAAAGGCGUGGAUGGGAGUCAAUGCUGCACAAGCUGCACAAUCAAGAGCAAAGGCGUCAUAG